UAGAUUUUGUUUUGGUUGCUCUGUAAUGUACUUCUGUGUAUGAUAUUUCUUUGGGUGUACAACAAAAUUCCUGCAUUAUAUCCUCCAGUUGCGCUCUCUUGAAUCCCUUGAUUUUAAUUAACUGAAACUAGUGGUGAACAGCGUCCACUAUACAGAAACCAAAGGCAACUGUAGCAGUGUAUAUACAUGCAUGUGCAUGGGUAGUAUUAUUGAACUUUACUUUAAUUUAUAUACACUAUUUUCAAGAAAAGGGGUUAUUAUAUGAGAAAAUUCGUAAUUCGUGUUCACUGAGAGGUCAAGUUUUUCAUAUUCAAUUCGUAUGUUCAUAUGUAUACAAAUUGAAUUUCCCUUAAUUAUCAACAUGGAAUGAUACAAUCGCCUUAGUGUUAUGAAAGCCACUUUUGAAGCUAAUUAAGAGCAUACCCCUGCAGCUCCUUCUACUUAGUUUUUUAUCUUAUUGGUAAAACUCUUGUCCCCAGUUCCAAAAGAAGAACUUAAUUAACUUAACAGGGGGAAAUAAUUUGAUUCUAAUUAACCUAGCGGCCAAAUACUCUCCUAUCUGCUGAAUAUAAUCGGCUAGCCAAGUUUUCAAAAGCUAUGAUUUAUGUACAGCACUGCCUUCUGUCCUUUACCGUACCCCCCACCGGCCCACCCCCACGCGCGCACACACUGAAAGUAAUAUCAAUCUUCUUUGUUUAUUUUACCUUUUCUUCUACCUUGUUAUCUUGAUGAUUCUCCCCUCCACAAUCGAUUUCUGAUGUACAAAAAAGAUAGAAAAAGGCAUUGACUUAUUACUUUAUAGCUAUAUAUAUCCUAGAAAUAUUCAAUAUGUGAUGAAUUCAUGUAUAGGAAGUAUUCCAUUUACAGAACAUCAUGACAUCAAAAGCCUACACCCCUAUGCAUGCAUGCAUGAUAUUUGAGUAAAAUAAGCAGAUAACCGCAUAGUUGGUAUUUUAAGCAUACAAUAAAAAAUUGUGCAUACAAGACUUUAGUGUACAAGUACAACCGACAACGGAACCCAAAUCAAUAGAGAACAAUAGAGAUGAGAAUCUUGUUUUUAUCAUCAACACAUGCUUAACUUAUUUUCAUGUAUGUACAUAUAUCAGGUUGAUGAUAUAUGUGACUAUAUAUUCAUAUGUGUGAAUCAAAAUGGCCUCUUGUAUUCUUGCCUGGUUGCUAAUAAUGCAUCACCAUUUGCCACGGCCUAGCUCGCUUCGCUUUCCACAAAUGCCAAGGUUCAAUUAAUUUUUUUGCUUAAGGUUGUGCGGGUAUCAGCUUACGUAUGUACAUAAUAAAAUGGCAUACAUCACUAACCUUUGGAGUGGGAGUUUUAUCGUUCCCCGCGCCCAGGGCAAAAUAUAAAAAGAAGCGUGGUUGCUAGGAUUUGAACCAUGGUCUCUAGAAACAAAGUGUCCGCCUCUAGUCACUGCAAUGCAACUCAUGUUGGUUUGUGUUGUACAAAGAAACCGUGGCGAUGCACGGACAACUAACUAGUGUAUCAUAUAUCUUAGUUUUGAACUCUUUAUUUUGAUCCAAUUGAUUUUAAUCUCAUUUGGCAUGAAUGAAUUAAGUUGCUGGCUGAAACACUUCAGUGGUAUAUAUGUAUGUGUAGUAUGUGAUUCCUUGAACAAUCAUAGCAAGUGUGUGUGUGUGUGUGUCAGUAGCUGGCUAGUACGUAUAUUAUAUGUGGACUGUUGAAAAACCAUCCUUAAUUUGCUUGCUUUCAUUGGCUUCAUAAUAAUGGUGUGCAUGAGAAGUACACUACACACAGGGGCCGGCCGGAGACCAGUUUCGGCAAUCUCUCUCUCUUUGGAGCAUUUGUGAAAUUGGCAGGUGUGAUCUUCACAAUUUUAAUCUUGAGGACGAUGCUUGCUAAUAAUGUGUAUAUCUAAUUGAGUUCAAAUUACUAAUUCAAUCUUGACGACAUGAACUCAACUAAACCCACUGCAUGGUUACAUUAGCCUAUAGAUUCAACUCAACUAAGGCUAAGUGUGCAUGCUAGGGGCUUGCUGCUGAAAUCCUGAACAGAAAUUUCUGCAAUAUUGGUUGGCUUACUGAAGUUAUAUGGUCAAGCGCUUCGGAUUAAAGCGGGUUGUUUAGACUGCUGCAACUGCAAUCCAUAAAGAUAAAAAUACUAUAGAAGCAGUAGAAACCGGUACAGAUUAAAGCCAAACUGUCUGUUAACAAGAAAAAGAUGAUCGAGUAGUAGCACCUUGCACUGUAGCUGGCAUAUACCAACAAGCAGCAUGCGUCUCUCUGCAUGUGAAGUGGGCUUGCAUGAAGUGUCACUAUCUUUGCUUCCACCCUCUGCUGCGCCUUCACUAUUUUAUCAUUUCUGUGGCCAAUGAGCAUGCUUGACCUGUGAAUUAUUCAGUUCUACCACUAUCCAGUACAUCAUAUCACACCCAUCUCUCUCUCUCUUAUUUUAUUAGCAUGCAUGUGUCUGAUCAGGCACAUGCACACACACCACGGCCAUGGCAGCUAGCAAUCCAUGCAUCCACCUUGGCCUUUUGUGUGUAACAUCUGCAUGGGCUAGACACACAACAAUCAUUACUAGGGGCCAUCCCUGGGCUUUGUUUAUUCAUUGUUGUUCUGGGAGUGAGUGCCCAGGAAGAUGGUGAACAGAUAGUAAUAUAUAUAUAUACCGGACUGAGAGGUGAGAGCCAUGAUUUAGCCUGGACUAUAUACUUAUCAGAUUGUGUAUGGGAUACUGAUACUCCCAGGAGAGAGAGAAAAGGCAUGGGAAACAAGCAAGAGAACAAAAGCGAUGGGCACGCAGGUGUUAGGAAAGUGAGAAACCAUCAGCAGGGCAGCAAUAGUUACAGGCGUGUCUGAUAAAAGUCAUGUGAUGGACCAGCAGCGCGCGGCAGCUUGUUCAUGCUGCAGCGCUGGUAGCUAGCUGCUUAAAGUGAGAAAUACUGACGACGACAACAAAAGUGAGUGUCCCGGGGAACAGCAUGCUCAGCAUGGUGACAGUUCGGUGUGGGCACUGCACAAAUCUACUGUCAGUGAAUCUGAGAGCACUCAUGCACUCAGUCCCAGAACAAGAUCAGCUCCAGCAGCAGGAGAACAUCAGGGUCCAUGGCACGUUGCGUGAGCAUCAUCAGUGCGGCGGCGGCCACCAUCUGGAGCUGGGCUCUUCGUCGUCCUCAAGGUUCCGGCUGCCGAUGAUGAUGUCGUACGCGCCGCAGAACGAGCACUUGCUGCAGGAACAGACACUGAACAACGCUCGUCCGGCUCCUGAGAAGAGGCAGCGGGUUCCGUCGGCGUAUAACAGAUUCAUCAAGGAAGAGAUUCGCAGGAUCAAGGCGAACAACCCCGACAUUAGCCACAGGGAAGCCUUCAGCACAGCAGCCAAGAACUGGGCACAUUAUCCGAACAUCCAUUUCGGCUUAAACUCCGGCCGAGAGGGUGGCAAGAAUAAGCUCGUGGACGAGGCUGUCGCGGCGGUGGCGGUGGCUCCGAAGAAGAUCCAAGGUUUCUACUGAUCGAUGCCGGUCGAUCGAGGGAUCAGCGCUCGUCGUCAUCAACUGGCCGGCCGGGUGUGGAAGAAUUAAUAAUACCACACAAAUUAUAAAUGUACUGUGAUGAGUAAAUUAAAGAGUUAUAGUGGGGAAUGAAGGGAGAGAGAGAUAUAUAGCAAUACGUAUAUUACCUUACCUUAUUAAUGAGUGCAAAAAAAACACUUGUGAAGGUUUCUACUGAUGCAUGAGUGGGAAGUGAAGCAUCAUACAAUCACAUGAAUUAUAUUACUACUGGCAUGGUGGGCGCCAUGCAUGGUUUAAAUUAACCGAGAAGACGACUUAAUAAAUCAUUAUUUGACCUA